AUUCGGGUAUAUUGAACAAAAGAUCAAAAAGAUCUAUUUGAAUCAAUUGUUGAUACACGAUCUCAUGAACAAUAGUGUUUUUCAGUGUCAAUAGCCUAGUAUACAUACACGAACACGUAUCAAUGGUGAAUAAUUAUCUUGAAUUCUUGAAUUGAACAUCAUUGAAUGGUUGAAUUCGAAUCACGCGCAAUAUGUUGCAUCUAGUGCUGCACUCUGCGUAGGACUUGAAUCAUUUCGUUAUCUUGGUAUAUUAUUUUGGAGCCACAGUGGGAGAUACAAGUCAAGAAUCAAAAGUUUGUCUUUUAUUCUCUACCAAAAUACCAAUAAAACUCUUAUAAACAUUUGAAUCGUGAUGAAAAACUACUAUACUUAUUGUGUUUGAAAUUGAAAACAAGUUAUAGUGCAUUAAUAAAUUGCUAGAAUAGAUAUUUAAAUAAAAUAAUACCGCAUAAAACUCAAUGCACAUCACUCAUAUUUUUUGAGGUUACAACCCCUCCCCCUCUGCAAGAAGGCGCGUCUUAUGAAUGAAACAUCUUAAAAAUCUGUUGAAUAUAAACUUGACCAGCCCCUAACUUCAGAAAGCUAAAUUGCUCGUGAGAAUUUUUGUCCGCAUUCUAUUCUGAAUGAAGCUAUGUGAACGUUCAAGAAACACCUAGGGUAGGAUACUGUAAUGCUAUCAACAAAUUGUCGCAGGAGGUUUUGACCCUCGUUGCGCAGCAUCUUCGUGGUAUGGUUCUGUACUCUUUAUUGCCGGAGGAAAGUUAAUUGUUAUGGCUGACCAAGACUACGAUAUGGGCCCUACCACGGAGAUGAUGGUAAAUGAUUUUGAUGACGAAAGAACACUUGACGAAGAAGAAGCCUUAGAAGGAAGCGAAGACUCUCACAACGAGUUGUCCAACUUACAAAAGGAAGGAGAUAUGCCGUUGAAAGAUUUACUCGCGAUGUAUGGUUACGGAGAUCCAUCCACAGAGAAUUCCAAUAGUUCCGACCGAAUAUUGCCGUCGACUGGAUGUGAUGAUGAAGUGGAUGGUCAAUCUUCCGAUAAAGGAGAGGGAGAUGGUGAUGCUGAUAUAGAUGGUGAUGGGGAUGGUGAUGCAGAUGACGACGAGGAGGAUGUGGAUCGGACAAGUAAUGAACCGGACUUGAAGCAAUUCUAUACUGAAAUGGUGAAAGCAGAAGAGGCAGGGACCAUCGACAGAGAUGGUAUCGGCAGUGGAAGUGGGGGUUCAUCGAGACUCCUGCGCAGCGUCUCACGUCCUCAGAGUGAGGAGGAAGAGGAUGACUGCGAUUAUAGUCCUGAUGAAGAUGAAUGGAAGAAAACAAUAAUGGUGGGGAGCGACUAUCAGGCUGCAAUCCCAGAGGGUUUAUGUCGCUAUGACGACGCUCUGCCUUAUGAAAAUGAAGACAAGAUGUUGUGGGACCCGAGCCACAUAGCUGAAGAAGAGACCGAAGAGUUUUUAGAACGAGCUCAGUUAGCUGCAGUGAAAGGAAAUACGAUACCCGCCGGUUCCCACGUUAGAGACGACGAACAGGCUUUGUAUUUGCUACUGCAAUGUGGGUACAACCUCGAAGAGGCUCUGCGAAGGCGCAGAAUGAACGUUAUUCCAUCUACAGAUGCUGUUAGCCUCUGGUCCGAAGAAGAAUGCCAUAAUUUUGAAACCGGACUCCGCACGCAUGGAAAAGACUUUCACCGUAUACAAAAAUACAAGGUGAGAACGAGAUCCGUGGGAGAACUGGUACAAUUUUAUUAUCUAUGGAAAAAGACGGAAAGGCAUGACAUUUUCACUUACAAGGCGCGCAUCGAUAAAAAAAAGUAUUCUCUACAUCCUGGCAUCACCAGGGACUAUAUGGACCGUUUCCUGGAAGAACAAGAGGGGGUUCGAGACCGUAGCAGUUCACCAAACAAUCACUACCUCCAUCAUUCAGACUCAAAGCGACAGCGUUCGAGUUUAAGCACAGGGAUAAAUGAGAUGGAUACAAAACAAGUGGUGGAUUCUUGGUCGAGUAGCGGAGCCGUCGAUCCACUGAGAGAUCCGAGCAAUUCUCUGCCUCAGGUUACAACUGCAAAUACAUUCACAACAACAACAACACCACCAACAACAACGGUGACGGUGACAUUAACAGCAACAACAACAACAGUAACAACAACGACGACGACAACAACAAUAACGACGACAUCGACUUCUUCUUCUGGAAAUUCCCGGCAUACGGAAUAUACGUCUCAUGCGAUUCACGAAGGACCAGUAGAGGAAAGAACAUCUCGACCCCACGCUACCAAUAAUCAUGGAACCAUACAGGACGAAGCUAUGGUAGAAAGCAACAACUUGUCGUCGCCAGAGAAUAUUCUUCCUCAUCUCCCACCUUAGCAAUUUCUAAUCGAUGACGAUCGCCAAUCACCAAUAUACAUGAAAGCACUUCACUGUCGACCAUUAUUAAUGAAAGCAUUACCAGUACUGUCGUAACGCAUAAUGUUCGUCAAAAUGAGACGAAUAAUAUUAUUAUAUUUUUCUACUGCAUAAUAAUUAUUAACUGAAAUAUU